AACCCUCCAAAAAAAAAGCCCCCCAAGCCAAGAAUUCUCCAUAUCAGCAAACAUUGUAUCUAGGGAGGAAAAAGUGCAGGAAUUAUGUACCAGCUUCCUGUCAACAACCUUGCAAAUCUAAGAAAAGCUCGUAAAACAGUGAAAAAGAUCCUCACAGAUAUUGGAUUGGAUUAUUGCAAAGAUCAUAUAGAGGAUUUUAAACAAUUUGAACCAAAUGACUUCUACCUGAAGAACACUACGUGGGAUGAUGUUUCACUUUGGGACCCUUCUUCUACAAAACUGCAGGAUUAUCGUACAAAACCAUUUUGCUGCAGUGCUUGUCCGUUUGCAUCGAAAUUCUUUUCUGCCUACAAGAGCCACUUCAGAAAUGUUCACAAUGAAGAUUUUGAAAACAAAAUCCUCAUAAAUUGCCCUUAUUGUCCAUACAAUGCUGACAGAAAGACUUUGGAGACCCAUAUUAAGAUUUUUCACGUUCCUUUGUGGAAAGUACCUAGUGGGGGCAAGAAUGCGCACAGUGAAAAGUCGAAAUUUGACAACAGUCUUAAAAUGAAACAUGCUGACAGUGUGGAGCAAGCAGUGUAUUACUGCAAGAAAUGUACCUAUCGAGAUCCUCUUUAUGAUGUUGUCAGAAAACAUAUUUACAGGGAACAUUUUCAACAUAUGGCAUCGCCUUACGUGGCAAGAGGAGGAGAUAAGUCUGUAAACGGCACAUUUUCUGCAUCUAAUGGACGUGAAGAUGGGACUGUACAUUGCAAACGAUGUCUUUUCAUGCCUAAAACUUAUGAGGCCUUGGUACAGCAUGUUAUUGAAGACCAUGAGCGAGUAGGUUAUCAGGUGACUGCAAUGAUAGGGCACACAAAUGUGGUAGUACCAAGAUCAAAGCCUUUGAUGAUGAUAGCUCCAAAGCCACAUGAUAAGCUUUCUCUAGCUGGCAAUCCAAAUUAUCACAGCAUGAAAAGUUCAACAAUGCAGCAUAAUAUGAAUCGUAUAUCCAUGUCCAAAAACGCACAGAAUUCUGCUGUCAACCUUAUGUCAGGUAAUGCUCGUUUGCCACCAAAAUAUGCUAUUUCUUCAAUGGCACAAAGCUAUUCUUUGGGGCAACAAAUGAGGCUCCCACUGCCAGGUGGUUUACCCGUUUCUCUUCAGCGUUCUCAAACAGUGAAGCAGUUAAUGUCCAGUGGUAAUGGAAGGCCGUACGGGGUUAGUGCGGAACAAAGGCGACAUCAGAUGCAGUUUGGAAGCUUGACUGGCGGUAAUGCUGCAUCAAGUCAAUUGUCAUUGAAACAAUCACAGUAUGGUAUGUCUCAAAGGAUCCAUGGUUUGUCUGCUUCUUCUGCGAAAGCAACUUUAACCUCCCAUGGUUUAGCUAAUUCUGGUCAGAGCUCUGCCUUGGGCUCUGCUGCUCAAAAGUGGAAGAUCUGCACAAUGUGCAAUGAGCUUUUUCCAGAAAGUGUGUACAGUAUACACUUUGAAAAGGAGCAUAAGGCUGAAAAGAUCCAAGCUGUAGCUAAUUACAUUCAGAAGAUUAAUAGUUUCACAAGCAAAUGUCUCUAUUGCAACCGAUAUUUACCCAGUGAAACAUUGCUGAACCACAUGCUUAUACAUGGGCUAUCGUGUCCUUACUGCCGUUCCACUUUUAAUGAUGUUGAAAAGAUGGCUGAGCAUGUACGAAUCCUUCACAUUGAUGAAGAAGUAGGACCUAAGACUGAAUCAACGUUAACUUUUGAUUUGUCUACACAAAAAGGUAGUCGCAGUAAUAUACAAUUACUUGUAACUACAUACAGCAUUUCUGAGAGUGCCUCAAUGGAGAAUACAUCUUAUCGUCCCGCGAGUCAUAACUUAACAUUCAGAAAACCAGAAGGGCAGGCGCACCCAAAACCGCAAGCCAAGGCUAAAGGAAAGCCAGAUUUGAAUUCUUUACCUCAAACCCAGAUACCCUAUAAAAAUGAUGUUGGAAAAACCCUUUGUCCUUUGUGCUUUUCUAUUUUGAAAGGCCCCAUAUCGGAUGCUCUGGCUCACCAUCUGAGGGAACGGCAUCAGGUAAUACAAACCAUUCAUCCAGUGGAGAAAAAACUCACCUAUAAAUGCAUUCACUGUUUGGGAGUUUACACAAGCAACAUGACUGCUUCCACAAUAACGUUACAUCUGGUGCAUUGUAGAGGUGUUGGAAAAGCACAAAAUGGUCAAGAGCGGAGCCUUGCUCAUUCCAAGGUGACCCAUUCACCAAGUGUAAUGCCCAUGAAACGUGAGUAUGAGUAUGAAUAUGGAGACUUUGCUUUAAUGAAGAAAAGGAAGUUGGAUGGCGAGGAAGCUUUUCAGAGUUUUACCUUGGGAGAUGACAAGCCGGAAGAACCAGUAGUUUUAGCUAUUGAUCCCAAGGGAUACGAAGAUGAGUCUUAUGAAGCCAGAAAAAUGUUCCUCACAAACUAUUUUAACAAGCAACCAUACCCAAACAGAAGGGAAAUUGAAAAGUUGGCAGCUGGCUUAUGGCUGUGGAAAUCAGAUAUUGCUUCACAUUUCAGCAAUAAGAGGAAGAAAUGUGUCCGGGACUGUGAGAAAUACAGACCUAAAGUGCUGCUUGGAUUUAAUAUGAUGGAAUUGCGAAAAGUUAAACACAAUAUGGACUUUGCAUCCACUUGGAAUAAGGUGAACAUCAAUGAAGGAGACGGCAAGGAAUCUGCCCGCUCAAAUGCAGAAAAAGUGGGUGAAAAAGCUUCAUAUUCCAACCCAGAGAGGGUGAAGGAAAGUUCCUCGAGUCUGAACCCAGAAAAAGUAGAGGGAGUUAGUUUGAUUUCCAACCCGAAAAAUGCAGAAAUUGAUUCAAGUUCAAUUGCAGAAAAAGUGGAAUCGGGUGCUUUAAAUCCAAGGCCAGAAAAAGAGGAGGCAGGUGCUUUAGAUUUGAGUUUUGAGAAAAAUGAGAGAAGUCCUUUACGAAUGAGCCCAAUUAUGGUGGAGGGAAGUCCUUCCUGUCUCAGCCCAGUUACAGCAGAGGGAAGUCCCUCCAAUCUAAGCCCUGAUAUUGCGGAGAGAAGUCCUUCAAAUUUAAGCCCAGAUAUGGCGGAGGGAAGCCUUUCAAAUAUGAGCCCUGAUAUGGCAGAGGAGAGCGCUUCAAAUCUUUGCCCAUAUGAAGGUGAGGAAAGUGCUUCUAAUACUUGUGCAGCUGAAGAAUUGCCAUCAACCCAAAUGGGUGGUUUUCAGUCUCGAGAUGAAAUCUCUGAAAUUAUUUCCGAAGGGUUAAGUAAUGACUUGCAAAAGCCUACAACAAAGUGUCCAUUUGUGAAAACUGCACCAUUGGCACUGAAGGAUGACGAAUCAAACAUGGAAGAGGAACAAUGUCCUGAGCCGUCUUCAGAAUCAAAAGAUAAAGAAUCAGAAAGUGAGGAAUCUGAAGAUUUGUCAGAAUGUAAAGAUGGACUGGUUUCGAGAGCAUCUGACCUAGAGGAUGUUUCACCUGAACUCAAACAAGAGUUUUGGAUCAAACGACCUUGGACAGAUGAUGCAUCCCAAAGUGGUGAGGAGGAGCCGACACAACAGCCAUUAGAAGAAAAUAUCGCAUUAGGAAGUGAUGAGCAGCACUGGGCUGAAGGACCGUCUGAGUGGAGUGGGGAACCAUUUCAGAAUGAAGAGGAAAAGUGGUCCAAAGAAGAACCCGAAUGGAAGAAUGUUUCACCAGAGAAUGAGGAAAGUUUGUCUAACCCACUGUUGGAGUGGCAAGGUAACCCAGCAGAUAGUGAAGGUGAGGAGCUCGAUCAACUCCUUGAUCAGUCAAAUGAUGGUCUUUCAGAAAAUGUGGCAGAACCUGUUUGUGGCUCAUCUUCUGGUGUAGGAUUGAGUAGCCAGCCUGCAUAGAAGAUGGACUUGCUUUGGAGUCUUUGUUGUGAAAUGUGUGCAGUAUCUUAAAGUGAAAGGAGCCAGUGUAUAAAAUUUGAAGGACUAUUCAGAGGUACAAAAA